AUGGCUGAGAAUCAAACAAUUACCGCAGCUAGGCAGGAAAUGAUUGUUUAUUGCAAACAUUUACCGGAUAUCAUAUCAUCUUUGAGCACACCCACUUCAGGUGAUGAUGGUAAUAAGUUGAUGUGCCAGGAGAAGUGCUCAAGCCUUUGUAAACACAUUAGUGGUUACAGUUCAGAAAUGAUGACAGAGGCAGCUGUGCAUGAAUGUUUACAGGCCAUUGCUAAGCUUGUGUUGGAUCUAACUUUUAUGGAAGAAAAAAUACUAAUAGAUGAGGAUUUUUCGAGCAAAUCUUCCUUUUACAGAGUUUGCAAUAUCAUUGAUACUUUACAAAGUGUGGUGGACUUAGCUAAUCGUACUGUUCAAGAUAAGCCAGUUGCAGAUGUACUAAGCUCAGAAAUCAUGGAGUGCUUACAGUGGAGGAAGGGAGCAUUGCUGUACAUGUACUGUCACACAAUUAACACACAGUUUUCUUCAGAAAGUUUGCCAUUUUACUUCAGUCAGUGCUUAGAGGAUGGCAUAAAGUAUCUUACUUCUGUGUUUUGUACUGGAUCUCCACCAAAAUGGCUAACUGGUGCCAUGUUAAAGAAAGCAGAAAUUGAUUCUGAAGAAGAAGCAGAGGAUAAAGCUGGCAUGUUGUUGGCUCAAGGAAUACUCAGUGACACGCAUCUCCUGGCCUUGAUGUACUGUGGUGAACUGUGUUACUGGCAUACCAAGCUACAUAGACCAAACGUGCAUAAACAUGAGAAUAAAACAAAGUCAGAUCAGUCACUUAAUGAUGCAUUUGAUGUCAGCUCUGUGGAAAGAAACUUUUCGAAAGAUUGUUCUCAAAUAAAUAAAUCACCUAGCUCACAUGACUCAUUAGUUGCUAGAGAAUCACUAAAAUUUGGCAGUUCCUGUGCUUUUUAUCCAGUCUCGGAGAAAUGCCUUACAUCUCCUUUAAGUAUUGCUGCUCAAAGUACUGAAACUAAAAUAGACAUUGUAAAAAUUGGAAAGUUAUGUUUGGAAAAUUAUGUAAGUGCAGCACAUGGGCCGUUAGUAAUUGGAGGCUGGAAAACAACAAAAGCUGAAGAAAUCCUGCAAUAUUUGUAUAAUCUAAAGUGA